AUGCCGAACAUCGACAAACUGCUCGUUGCUCUCGCCUAUCUCAUCACCGCAGCAUUUGCGAUUCAAUCAUGGGAAAUCAACGAGAAUUCGAAGUCGUCGUUUCCCCUAUUUGGCGAUAUGAUUCUAACUCCUGCGCAGCUUAGUCGCUACCAGAAUUCCAGUAAAUCAUCACCAGUGCGAAGUGUCAACCUUAAAGAGACUUCAAUGAAUCGAUGGGCGAACAAUAUUAUUCCGAUUGUGAUAUCGCCACAGUACAGUCCAGCACAAAUCUCGAUAAUUCGCAACUCAUUGAAAACGUUUGAAGAGAUCUCGUGUUUCAAAUUCGUCGAUCGUGGGUCUCAACGCGAUUAUCUGUUUAUUGUGCCGUUAGAUGGGUGUUAUUCGUACGUUGGAAAAAUUGGAGGCAAACAAACAAUUUCACUCGCCGCCGACUGUAUUGCCGAUUAUAUUAUUUGGCAUGAGAUGAUGCACGCAAUCGGAUUCGAGCACGAGCAUCAAAGGCCGGAUCGCGAUGACUACAUCAAAGUGACUUAUGAAAAUGUCAUACCAAGCCAAAUCGUGAAUUUCGACAAAAUCCAGCCGCAUUUGGUGGAUUAUCCGGAUCAGUACGAUUAUAGAUCCAUUAUGCAUUAUGACGGCUCGGCUUUUGGCAAAAUCGAUUAUACGAAGAGGGUUCGAUUGGCGACGAUGACACCAUUGAAGAGAGGAAUACAGCUAUUGGACAAUUUGAAGUUCACAACGACCGAUAUUCGAAAAUUGAAUCGUUUGGGGAAAUGCUCGGGAGCUUCCGGAGCGGUUAGUCCCGACAAACGGACGAAAUGUGUGGAUAUUGCCAACGAUUGCGGUCAAUCCAAAAAGAGAGGAAUGUGCGAUAAUCCGUUCUAUCGGCCGAUGAUGCGCCGAAACUGCCAACGGACUUGUGGAAUGUGUUUGGUCUCGAGAGGAAUGGAAGGCGACAAAAUCUGCGAAGACAAGCAUCCCAAUUGCGCCACCUACGUCAUAAACGGAAUAUGUGAGAAUGAGUUUUACGAGCGCUGGCGACAAGACCACUGCGCGAAAUCUUGUGGACUUUGCACAUCUACUUAA